CUCCCCCGCCGCAGGUCCACCCGGGGUCCCCCCCCCUCGGGCCGCCCCCGAACACCAAGUUGGCGGGAGCCUAUAAAAGCCAGUGACGGUGCGACCCGCGGACACACGCGCAGCGGGCUGGGAAGCUGCAGCCACCACAGGGGAACCAACUCCUGCACUGCCGCGCCACCAUGUCCCAUCACUGGGGGUACAGCAAGCACAACGGCCCUGAGCACUGGCAUGUGGACUUCCCCAUUGCCAAUGGAGAGCGCCAGUCCCCUGUUGACAUUAACACCAGUGCAGUCAAGUAUGACUCCACCCUGAAGCCCCUGCGCCUUUGCUAUGACCGACCCACUUCUCGAAGGAUCAUCAACAACGGCCACUCUUUCAAUGUGGAAUUUGAUGACUCCCAGAACAAAGCAGAGCUGAAAGAUGGACCCCUGGAUAGCACAUACAGAUUGGUUCAGUUUCACUUUCACUGGGGCUCAUCUGAUGGCCAAGGUUCUGAGCACACUGUGAAUAAAGUGAAAUAUGCUGCAGAGCUGCACUUGGUGCACUGGAACACUAAAUAUGGGGAUUUUGGAAAAGCUGCACAACAACCUGAUGGACUGGCUGUUUUGGGUGUUUUUUUAAAGAUUGGUAGUGCUAAACCAGGCCUUCAGAAAGUCCUUGAUAUACUGGAUUCCAUUAAAACAAAGGGUAAGAGCAUUGAAUUCCCUAACUUUGAUCCUGGUGUCCUCCUUCCUGAGAGCUUGGACUACUGGACUUACCCAGGCUCCCUGACCACUCCUCCUCUUCUGGAAAGUGUGAUCUGGAUUGUACUCAAGGAACCCAUCACUGUUAGCAGUGAGCAGAUGUCAAAGUUCCGUAAACUUAACUUCAGUGCUGAGGAUGAACCUGAAGAGCUGAUGGUGGACAACUGGCGGCCCACACAGCCACUGAGGAGCAGGCAAAUCAGAGCCUCCUUCAAAUAAGAUGGCCCCAGAGUCAGCAUCCACAUGAGGAAUCUUUGGGUGUUUCCCUGUAGCUAAGCACAAACCUACCUUGGUGGUUUGGACCCCAGCUGCUUUUCUAGACCCUUCCUUUCUCACCUGAUGUGCUUCCUAAUAAAAUGUGAAGAGCAAGGCCAAGUGUCACACUUGAUGUGAUCCCAAGAUGCUAUAUUAAAGAAAAACUUUUAAAAUUCUUA